AAACCCUGCACCCCAAACCUACGAGACAUAUUGUCUUCUACGUGCUCUCCUAGCAAUUUCUCUUGAGAUCAAAAGUCACCGCCUAUAUAUAUAUCUACGCUACACUAUAAAUUUGGUGGGGUUAUAUAUUGAAUUGGGUCAAACAACUUGCUUAAUCCACAACAAUUUUAGCAGGUUGAUUUUGACAUAAAUGGAAACACCUAUUUAUGAUUCGGAUUCCAAUAGCUCAUCAUCUAGCGAAGAGUCACUUACAACAUUGAAACAAAUGCUCGAUGACUCAAGGAGGGAUGAUGCCGUUUAUGACCAAAUGAAUAUUGAUGUAGUUGAGACGUGUGUGGUUCGUAUCCCAAUGAUAUUGUCUUCUACGUUAAUUAGUAACAAAGGUCAUCAUGGCGGCUCAACAAUUGGUAGGCGGUAUAUACAUCGUGAUAGGAAAGAGCGUCAUGAUCUAAUUGUUAAUGAUUAUUUCAAUGGUGUGAAUUCAAAGUAUACACCUGAGAAAUUUCGUCGUCGAUUUCGGAUGGACAUUGAAUUAUUCCAGCGAAUUUUGGGAGCAAUUGAGAACCAUGAUGAUUAUUUUACACAAAAGUUUGAUGCGGUUGGAAAACCUGGGUUGAGUCCUUUACAAAAAAUAUUGGCUUCGAUACGUAUGUUAGCAUAUGGUUGUGCAGCAGAUAUUUUAGAUGAGUAUGUCCAAAUUGGAGAGAGUACAGCAAUAGAGAGUUUGAAACGAUUUUGUGAUGCUAUAAUUGAUAUUUUUGAAACACAAUAUCUAAGAAAACCAGACAAAGAUGAUAUUGCAAGACUUUUGAAAGAGGGAGAGGACCGAGGGUUUCCAGGUAUGAUUGGUAGUAUAGAUUGUAUGCAUUGGCAUUGGAAAAAUUGUCCAACAGCUUGGCACGGGACACAUACUAACGGUUUUAAAAGAGUUCCAACUCUUAUUUUGGAGAUCGUAGCUUCUAAGAGUUUAUGGAUUUGGCAUACAUUUUUUGGAAUGGCCGGUACAAAUAAUGAUGUUACCGUUUUAGAUAGAUCUCCCUUAUUUGAUGACCUAGUUAAUGAUAAAGCCCCGGCAUGCAAUUACGUAGUGAAUGGUCAUUCUUAUAAUAUGGCGUACUAUCUAUCAGAUGGAAUUUAUCCACAAUAUGCUACUUUAAUCCAAACAAUAUCAAAUCCCUCUUCUUUGAAGGAGAAACUAUUUGCAGAUAAAUUUACAUUGGUGAUGGUUUAAACGAAUACAUUUACAGAUAAAUUUGCUUAAACGGUUUAGAGGUGUUGUUGAUCGAAUAUCCCAUUCACGAUGUACUUAUUUUUUCUUAACCG